AAUCCUAUAAAGAAAUAAUUUUGUUUUCUUACAAUAUAGUGUAGCAGUUCAGAUUUUCCACGGAUACCUUAUGCAACUUUAUGCUUUAAAUCCUAUAAAGAAAUAAUUUUGUUUUCUUACACUAUGGUGUAGCAGUUAAGAUUUUCCACGGGCAUAAAAUUUGAUCCACAAGAAAAGCGAGAAGAUAACGAAACAGAACAGCAUCAGAAUGUCGAGCCAGAGAAGAACGAGUUUCAUAAACUCCCAAACGACGACGUCGCAACAGAUCCGUCCCUCCGUCAUCACGUGGUUCCUCCAGCGACCGCACUCCAUCCCCUUCCUUCUCGCCAUCUUCCUCUUACUCGCGUGGAUCUCACUCCGCGUCCAGCGCGACUACCACACUCCCCCUUACUCCUCCCACCGCGACGCGCUCGUCAACCUCGUCAGGUUCCACUCUCUCCACGUCGCCACGGACAACCGCGGCUGGCUCUUCGAUCCUAUCGCUCUCGCACUCGAUUCCGGCCUCUCAGGUGGAGCUGUGACGUGUUCGUCGAUUCAUGUGGGAGAAAUUCGGCCUGGGAAGCGAAGAGGAAAUCACAGACACCACUAUUGUAACGAGACUUUCCUCAUCUGGGGCGCUACAACCAGGUUUAGGUUGGAGAACAGUGAGCAAGAUGAUGGUUAUGCUGAAGUGAUCAUUGACAGGGAUGAAAUUGCUGUAGCUACAAGUCCAGUUGACAAAGCUCAUGCUUUAGUGAACAUUGAUUCCACUCGGAGUAUCUUCUUUAUAGGUUGUCAAGACAGUGUUAUAAACACUAAUGCCUCAAAUACUGACUUUAAUGUUUGGAAAGAUCUUUGAACAUUUUUUCAUUUUUUUAUUCUGAAUCUGAAAUGUAUCUGAGCCAGCAUGAUGAAAUUUUAACCUAUCACUUGUCUAUAUGUAUAUGGAGCUUAGCUGCAAAUUCGGUU